AUGACGACCAUCGUGCUCACGCGCGAGGAAGCGAAGAUUCUCGACGCUCUCCGUCUGGCGAUCCGUGAAUGCGACUUGAAGACCGACGUGAGAGUGGCGGGCGGAUGGGUGCGCGAUAAGCUCCUUGGCGUCGAGAGCCACGAUUUGGAUAUUGCGCUGGAUGAUAUGACUGGGCAGCAGUUCUGUGAUCGUGUGGUCCCGUGCUUGAGGAAGACCGAUCCUUCGUGUUCUUACAAAGUUAUCAAAAGCAAUCCAGAACGAUCCAAGCAUUUAGAAACGACCAAGCUGGAGAUCCUGGGUGGAGAGAUUGAUGUUGUUAAUCUCCGAUCCGAGACGUACUCCAACGAUUCCAGGAUCCCAACAUCAAUGAAAUUUGGAACACCUUCCGAAGACGCUUACCGGAGAGAUCUCACGAUCAACAGCCUCUUCUACAACGUUGCCGCUGACAAGGUUGAGGACUUCACUGGUCGAGGUGUAACGGACCUCAAGCUUGGAAAGAUCAGGACGCCGUUGUCUCCGCUCGUUACUUUUCUAGAUGAUCCAUUGCGUGUCCUGAGAUCCAUUCGGUUUGCGGCACGCUUUAAUUUUGAGCUGGACGAGGAACUGGAGUGCGUGGCAUCUGCUGAUUCUGUGAAGGCUGCAUUCAAAACAAAGAUCACCAGGGAGCGCAUUUCUCAGGAGGUGGAAUACGAUCUCUUGGUUUUUAUUUUUCGUGUGCCUCUUACAUUCGUUUUUCAGAUUCAAGCCAUGCUCUUCGGAAAGAAUCCUGCUCGGGCGAUGUGCCUGCUGCACAAGCUUGGUUAUUGGCCUCUGAUUUUUACGAGGCCAGAAGGUGAAAGGCGUCUUGUUCUUGUUGCUGGGAUUCUCUAUCCAUUCAAGAAAGAAAACGAUACAGUUUUGGGCUCGAUGGCCGAGAGAAUAGGAUUAAAGGGAAUGCUUAAAAAGGUGAAAGCAUUGUACAAAGCAAUUGGAAAUACCUUCGUGCAAGAUUGGUAUGAGUUGAACAAAUGUACACUUUCUGGAGGAUUACCUUGUUUUUUCAACGAAAGUUUUCGAGUAGAGGCCGGCCUAGCCUUCAGAGACAGGGACUUCUGCUUGUCAGCUGCUGCUUUAUUUCUCUCCGUGCCAGCUCCUAGCGUCCAGCAGAAAGACGUGUUUAACGCUAUUCUAAAAAGCAUCAGCUUAUCUGGUAAGAAGUAG